AUGUCACCCAUCACUAAGUGUUUAAAGAAAGGAAAUUUUGAGUGGACAAAAGAGGUAAGUGGGGCAUUUGAAGUAAUAAAGAAGAAGCUUUGUGAAGCACAUAUCCUAGCUUUACCCGAUUUUAACAAAGUAUUUGAGGUUGAGUGUGAUGCUAGUGGAGUUGGAAUAGGGGCAAUCCUUACUCAAGACAAGAGGCCGUUAGCAUACUUUAGUGAGAAGCUCAAUGAGUCUAAGAAGAAAUGUAGCACUUAUGAUAAGGAGUUCUAUGCCAUUAUUAGGGCAUUAGAUCAUUGGAGUCGCUACUUAAGGCCUAAACAAUUUGUGCUUCAUUCGGAUCACCAAGCUCUCAAGUUCAUCAAUGGGCUACAUAAGUUGAACUCUAGGCAUGCCAAAUGGGUUGAGUUUCUUCAAUCUUUCUCAUUUGUUUCCAAGUACAAGCAAGGGAGCAUGAAUAUGGUGGCUGAUGCUUUGUUAAGAAGGUGCUCCAUCCUUUCCAUUUUGGAUGCAAGAGUACUUGGGUUUAGCAUGAUGAAGGAGCAUCACAAGCAAGAUGAAGAAAUUGUCGUAAUCAUUACUAAGUGUACUAAGGGGCAACAAGCUAGGUAUGCCUCAUGGGAGUUUCUUGUGAGAGAGGUACAUGGAGGAGGGCCUGUGGGUCAUUUUGGGGUUACCAAAACAGUGGAAGUUCUUAGAGAGCAUUUCUGUUGGCUGAAGAUGCUUGGGGAUGUGCAAACCAUAGUGGCUAGAUAUGGAGUUUGUCAUAGAGCCAAAAGUCAUUUCAAAUCAGGGAUGUACACUCCAUUGCCGAUUCCUAAUCAACAUUGGGAAGACCUUAGCAUGGACUUCAUUGUAGUCGUGCUGAGAACUCAAAGAGGUAAGGUUUCCAUAAUGGUUGUUGUUGAUAGAUUCUCUGAAAUGGCACAUUUUAUUGCAUGCAACAAGACCAAUGAUGCAUCACAUGUGGUUGAGCUAUUUUUCAAAGAGAUUGUGAAGUUGCAUGGUGUACCAAGAAGUAUUGUGUUGGAUAGGGAUACUAAGUUUUUAAGCCAUUUUUGGAGGUCCCUUAGUGUUACGACCAUUGAUGUGCAAGUGAAUCUUGAUGCCAAAGAAAAGGCUAGCUCCAUAAAGAAAUAA